AUGCUGGCUCUUCGCGACCAGGAAAACCUAACUCACGCCCACCAAACCGUGGCUGCCGCCAAACCGCUGAAUCAGAGUCUCAAGCAGCUCCAGCCAAAGACUCCAGGGGCCCGAGCUCCGAAGACACCGUUCAAAGUGCCAUUGAAGGAUGAAAAUGACCCGCUGGCAUUUGGAAAGCAGACGAUAAAGACCCUCGGAAAGCAAUAUGAGAACAACAGACCAUCCGUCAAGGAUGCCUUCACUACUCCCAUGGGGGACACUCGCAAUCGUGCUCCCUUGGGCAUGAAAACCACCAAUGCCAAAGCGAAAGGUCUCCAGACACCCGGGGCUCCCGCGGGAACUUUGAAGCCAGAGAAGACAGUCAGGAAGGGCUCUACACAGCGCGUUAAGAAAUUUUCCCCAUUUGUGGAGCAGCCGCAGCCGCAGGUGAAGGUUCAACCGCCACAGGAUGACGUUCCUGAUAUCGAGUACAUGCCACCAAAGCCGAAGGAACUCCCGGAUUACCCCGACGACAUCACAUACGAUACCUCAUUCCCUCAGUUUCAGCCCAGGAACCUGGCACUCGGUUUAGAAAGCGUGUACGGCGAUAAUGAGAUCGGAAAUGAUGGCCUUACGAAGAAACAACGCAAAUUUCAGGAGUGCUCCGCAGCGUACGAUAAAAUGAUGGACAAGACAAUCUUAGAACAGAUUGAAAGUUUUGGCUUUGAUGAACCCAGCGAUGAUGACAAAUCCAGCAAGCCAUCUGCUGCAGAGAUUCCGCGACGUCGUCUUGAAACGCAGCGCCCAAGAACUACGGUGGGAAGAACCAAAUAUCCCAGCGGCGUUUCCACUAUCAGAGCUCGGGAUGCGGCUAGCGCUCUUUCCGGCACUGAGCGCUCAGUUCCACGUAUUAGAGCUGCUCCAAUUGUGAAGCCGAAAGCAAGGGUUGCUUCGGCGCUGUUCCCUUCCAAAAAGACGAGACUGCCAACCAACCCGUCAACCAUGCGCCAUGUUGCUGCUACUGCAGGCUCCCGCACGACUGUGGGCUAUACGAAAGGUCGAGAAGUCUCAUCUCGACUGCACGACAAACCUAAAGUCCCUGCUUCUCAACCUGCUACCCCUGGAAUUCUGUCUCCAGAAACCUAUCUACGGCCCGACGACAGCCCCUCCCUCGACACAGAAACCGACCAAUUUGUGGGGGAGUCGUUUCCCCAGUACGAAGAGGAUGAAGAAACCCAGAACUUCCAGCUCACUCUGUAA